AGAAAAGACUGAGAUGAUCCGCGAGGUGUGGCGCAUCGAACUGGGCGUGGGCGUGGGUCCCUUCCGCCUCGGUGCGAGCGUCGCCGAGGUGCUACACGCUCUUAAGAGCCGUCUGCCAGUCCGCCCUUUUGAGAUAGCGUACGACGCUGUCGAGCCUUACAAGCGCGACGUUGUCAUUGAAUCAGCUGAGGACGGACUCAGACUGCAUUUCGAUCCAGUGCGACAGACGCUCAAAGUGAUCGAGUUUUACGACGUGAACCGCGUAGCUUUGAAAUUCGGGCGUGUAGUAAUCUUCGGCGGUGACAUCUCCGCCACCUUCAUGUCUGUUUACAACCUUUUCGGACCGACAUUUCCUGGUCGCUACGACGCUUCUGAGCAGAGCUACGUGUUGGGCUACGAAGGCGGUUGUGUCAAAUUCCCGAUUCCUGCUGAGUACCGGAAUUUGUACCAAAACGGCAUCGACCUACCAAUGGAGUUUCCGAAUGGUGCAACUCCAGCUGCUACGGGCUUUGUGGUUUUUGUGGGUGGAGACUAUCGGUCUCCUGGACUCCCUGGUCCUACCAAAAAACACUACUUUGAAGAAGUUGCUGUCGACAUUGCAGAAAAGAAAACGUCGCUGGUUUUCUCUGGCCGAAAGCAGUGCAUCCGGCUAGGAUGGUCCCCCCAGGAAGUGAUUAGCGAGCUUGGUGCCCCGGUCUCUGUGUUUCGGAAAUCUGAAGAUCCUAAUGACGGUGCUACCGUUGCUGGUGGACUUGUUGGCGAGUAUUUCCACAACUACCCGCACUUAGGACUCGACAUCUUGUAUAAUUCGAUGCAUCGAGUGUCGAAAGUGAUUCUGAAAACCAACGCGCUCGGUCACCCGGACUUUGGCGCCUACAACAAAUGCAAUUUCCGACUCACUUUUCAAUCGUCAAGUGCACUUCAAAAGUCGGGGAUUUCAAAGAGAACCAGUCUGGAAAUCACCCCUCAAACACCGUGGGAGGACAUUCGUCUGGUUUUUAAGAGCUCGUCGGACUUGCGACCGAUUGUCCUUGACAACGGUCUGGGCCUCCAUCCGUUCGGGGCAAGCUUGUGCUACUCACCAACACCAGGAUGCACCUUCGAAGUGAUGAAGAACGGCUUCAUCGCGAGUGUUACGCUCACAUCCUCCAGCUAA